GAAAAAACCACAGUUGUGAACCUGUGUCGGUAUCCAAGACUUUCGUUCAGUCAAUGCAUUUAUCACACCAACACAAAAAAGUAAGUCUGUACGUGACAAUAUGUCAUAACUAUCCAAAUGAAGGAGCCGAAGACCAAAAACACGCACCUCUUCUAGCUCCACCACAAUCAUCAUCAUCAUCAUCAUCAUCAUUCUGCUUCAAACCAACCCCAAUUUUUUUCUACACUUUUUGCUCUGCAUGCAUGGGUUGCUUCUCAUUCUCAUUCUUCUUCUUUAUGUGCUGCGUUUUCCUUCCAAGUUUUACUUUCCCAGCCCCCAUUUCCACCCACUCAAUCGGCCCCGAUUUCACAGCCUCCAACUUCCAAUUCCUCGACACCAGUGGCGCUUUCUUACGCUCUCAAAAUGGUACUUUCAAAGCCACAAUUGAUGCCAGACCAUCCUCCUCAAAAUUUUACUUCUCUAUCGUCCACAGUGCCACCAAUAUCAUAAUCUGGUCAGCCAACCGCGACAGACCCAUGUCAAGCUCUGACAAGUUGUCACUAACUGUCAACGGCCUCACAGUCACAAACCAAAAUGGCCAAACACUCUGGUCAACCCCGCUAUUCAAUUCUGAUAUUUCUGCUAUGCAGCUUUCAGAGACAGGAAAUCUCGUUUUAGUUGAUGCAGGAAACAAUACGUUGUGGGAGAGUUUCGAUCAUCCGACGGACACUAUUGUCAUGGGACAGAGAAUUCCUAUUGGAAAAUCAUUGCAAAGCGCUGUGACAUACGAGGACAUGUCGGUGGGUGAUUAUCGACUUGAAGUUACUGACACGGAUGUGGUGCUGCAAUGGAAUAAGAUGAAUUAUUGGAAAUUGUCCAUGGAUCUAAAGGAAUUGUCCAUGGAUCUAAAGGCUGUCAGGAACUCUAACAAGGCCGUAUCGUUGAUGGUGAUGAAUGGUACAGGUUUGUAUUUGCUAGCAAGUGAUAAUUCCACGGUUGUUCUAGUAGCUUUGAAUGGUUCAUCAAGUUUUAGGAGUGGUAAGUUGGGUCCCGAUGGCAGAUUUAGCAUCGUCAGACCUCGGAGCGAUAAAUGGGAGUUAGAAUUUGCAGGACCAUUUGAGGAUUGUGAUCUUCCUCUCUAUUGCAAAGAAAUUGGAUUGUGCAGAAGAAAGCCUCUGGGUGGAAUUUGUUCUUGUUUACCAAAAUUCAGUUAUCAAAACAAUGGUGAUUGCAUGCCAGUGAACCGUUCCCUUUCUCUGCCUUCAGCUUGUACUGCAGCUAGAAAUGGCAGUCAAUUGAAUUCCUCUAUUUCCUAUCUAAAAGUCGGCCCUGGUAUGGACUAUUUUGCCAAUAAUUUCAGGGAGCCCGUGAAAAAUAAUGUAACGUUGUCGGUUUGCCAAGAUUUAUGCUCUCAAAGUUGUUCUUGUUUGGGCUUUUUCCAUGAAAAUUCUUCUGGUUCUUGUUAUCUUCUUGAAAACCAUUUAGGUUCUUUCAUUUUGACAGACCACCAUAAGGACCGUUUGGGUUAUAUUAAAGUUUUGGUUGGUUCUUCUCAUGGAAACUCAAUUGGGUCUAACAUAAAUCAGAAACAAAACUUAUCAGUCGCUGGUUUCGUACUAUUACCUUUAACAGUAUUCUUAAUACUAAUAGUGUUUAUAAUCAUUGCAAUCCUUUGGUUGAGGAAAAAGCAGCUUUCUAAAACCAAAACUGUAAAACUAGACCGGAGUAACUCGUCAUCGUCUGCAGAGCUAGAGAUGAUCUCUAUCCCAGGCUUACUGAGAAGGUUUGAUUAUGAAGAGCUUGCAGCUGCUACUGAGAACUUCAAGACUCAGAUUGGUAGUGGUGGAUUUGGUACUAUAUACAGAGGUACUCUGUCAGACAAAACUGUUGUGGCGGUCAAGAAGAUUACUAGUUUGGGAAUCCAAGGGAAAAAAGAAUUCUGUACUGAGAUUUCAAUAAUUGGGAACAUCCACCAUGUCAAUUUGGUUAGAUUGAAAGGUUUUUGUGCACAAGGGAGGCAGCGCUUUCUUGUUCUCGAGUAUAUGAACAGAGGUUCAUUGGGCAGUACACUCUUCGGUAAUGGUCCUGUUCUAGAAUGGCAAGAGAGAUUGAAAAUAGCCAUUGGAACAGCAAGGGGGCUUGCUUACUUGCAUACUGGAUGUGAGCACAGAAUCAUCCACUGCGAUGUGAAGCCAGAAAACAUUCUCUUGAACGACAAUUUACAAGUGAAAAUCUCAGAUUUUGGGCUGUCGAAGCUGCUAAAUCCUGAACAAUCUUUUCUAUUUACAACAAUGAGAGGAACUCGAGGCUAUCUUGCACCUGAGUGGAUAAUGAGUUCCACAAUUUCCGACAAGGUUGAUGUAUAUAGUUAUGGAUUGGUUUUACUAGAGAUUGUGAGGGGAAGAAAAAAUUGCUCAAUACAAACAUGGAGCCAUUGCACAAAAACUAGUAGCAGUGAAGGAAAUGCCCUAUCCUCAUCCCCUUCUGUUUCGGAACACAGACUAAUAUAUUUCCCUCUAUUUGCGCUAGAAAUGCAUGAGCAGAGAAGGUACUUGGAACUGGCAGACCCGAGGUUAGAGGGACGUGUGACAAGCGAAGAGGUUGAGAAGCUAGUGCGGAUUGCCUUGUGUUGUGUGCAUGAAGAUCCAGCGCUGAGGCCUUCUAUGGCUCACGUUAUUGGCAUGUUGGAAGGUGGGUUGUCUUUGGGUGAGCCGAGGUCCGAGUCACUAAAUUUUUUGCGGUUUUAUGGCCAGAGAUUUACCGAGAUGUCAAGAAUGGAAGGGUCCAAUGAGCUGGAUGACUUGGGGUUGUAUCCAGAUAUGAAUGCUACUUCUAAUAGUGCUGCAGGUGUUUCAUAUAACCCAAUGUCUUACAUCUCUUCACAACAGCUUUCUGGCCCCAGGAUUAUUGGAGAAACUUAAGCAAUUAUUUAUCAAUAUGAAAGGAAUUUCUUAGCCUACCUCAUCUUCCAACUCAUAGACGGUGUUACGAAAGAUCCAAUUUGCUUCAUCAAUAUUCGAUAAUUGGUUCAAUAAGGUGCUAAAUAAAGCUCGGUAUGUGCCAGCAUCAGCCAUGAAAGAAGGUAGAUCAUUGGCUCCUAGUAAUGGCAUCGAGGGCAGUGAUACUGUAGGCUCUUCUAAGGGCAACUUUAGUGUUCCUUUAUAGCCAUGAUAAUAGAUUGCAUUAACAGCACCAGACUGAGUGAAAAAUGGAGCACCAUCUAAGCCUAGUUCCCGAGCUAUGUUUAGAGCCCAUGGCAUGACUGCGUCAUACACAACAAAUUUUGGAGGGUGUUUGGUACUUUUUUGGGUUUCAAUCAGCUUUGUCAAGCUUUGAGAGACUGUCACUCUGAAGUUUUCAUAGUAUUCAUCACUGUCACUGGUGUCAAAAGUUUUAUUUUCUGUAGAGCCAUCAGAGAUGAUUUCUACGUUGAUAGUGUGGCUGGCUAUGGCUUUCACUGACUCACUAAUAGUGGUGGUAGCUACUAAUGUAACUCUAGGACCCUUUGAGGCUAGGCGCUUUGAGAAUUGGAGCAUUGGGUUUAUGUGACCUUGUAUAGGGUAUGGAAGUACUAGGAUAUGAGGUUGAGUUUGAGUUUGACUC